AUGGAGACUGUGCUCCCAGAUCAAAAGGACGUAAGACGGGUCCCCAAACCCCUCAUGGAGAAACGGAGGAGAGAUCGUAUCAACCACAGUCUGGAAACCUUACGACUUUUGUUGUUGGAGAACACAAGUAAUGAGAAACUGAAGAAUCCCAAGGUGGAAAAGGCAGAGAUUUUGGAGAGUGUGGUCAACUUCCUGAGGACAGAGCAGGAAGGAGAACAACAGCAUCAGCAAACGAAAAGAGGCCACUCCAAAGAGGGUGGGGAAGAGCAGAGGUCCCCCUGCAAGAGGAAGCAGCAUAACUACCGUGAGGGCAUGAGGUCAUGCCUACUAAAAGUCAGCCACUUUAUUGCAACCAAGAGCCAGGAGUUGGAUGAGCCCAGCCACGAUGCUGAUGCCCCACCUCAGAGGUCCCGCAUGGGGCUCACCCAUCCUCCAUCAUCUGCCCAGCUCCAUGGUACAUCACCUUCCACCCCCGACCAAACUCCCCUGGCUAGACAGCAGCUGCCACAGCCUCACCCAGGCCCAGGUCUGAGAACUGGCCUCGGUAACAUGGAGCGUCUUUCCCCCUCCAAGCCGUACAUGGAACACAGUGACUCUGUGUGGAGGCCAUGGCCACAGCAGUGAUUGACAGCCUCCAAUGAUCUGCACAGUUGGGGUCCCAGUUCGGCACCAGAGAUAAGGUUGUAGAACUUCUAACAGCUGCCCUCUCAUCAACUGCCCAGCAGGGAUGGGAUGGAGAAGGUUGAUUGGCAAUAGGUAGUG